AGUACGGGAUGCGGCAUAUUCAAACAUGGUUGCAAGCUGCUGACGAGAAUCCACGAAGUAAAUGAACUCACCUUUGCUACUCUUGUUGUUCUUGCUUGGUUCAAAUUUACCAAUGCGAAGAAUUGUAUGAAGAAAUUAACAAGUUAAAAGUCGGGAAAAUAUCUCAUUAUUUGGUUAGUUACAUAUGUCAUCAAAGAAACCACCCAAAGCAUUGUACGUUCCACCAGCUUUAAGAGCAAACAAAAAUGCGAGCGAAGUCAAAAAAGAGUUAUCCUUUUUAGAAUCUCCAAUAUCAUAUGCUUCUGUGAAUGAACAAACUGAUGUAGAACAACAAUUAAAAUCACUUACACUUUCUGACAACUGUACUGAUGAUGACGAAUGUGUACUCAAAAAAAAACUCUUUAAUCAAAAGCUGUCACAUAAUGAUAGCAACAGUGAACCAGUCAUAAGGUUGAAAGAUUUCCAACAUAUUUUAGAGUUAUAUAACUUUUCAAAAGACUUUCAAAAUUUUCACUUGGAAGCGGAACUCACAGGAUUUGAAGAUAGUGGAUUUUACCUUAAAUGGGUCGAUGAUACUCAUUGUUUAGCUGUAUUUUCUUCAAAUGAUGAAGCGAAUCGUGCAUUGGCUCAAAUAUCAGGACUUUUCAUGAAGGCUCGUAAAAUUAAUGACGCUUCUUUGGCUAGCAAGUUGAAGAUUGCUCGUUCACCUGGUGACUGGACUAUGCCCUAUAAAAAACGACCAGUUACGACUAGCUCAACAGCUCGAAGAUUAAUUUCCAAUCAUUUGGGUAUUGUUCCUACUAAAAUCAAAUCUCCUGAGGAAACUAUGAAAGAGGAACAAGAUAAAGCUCUUUUACGAGAAGCACGUGCUCGUGCGGAAGCUAUUCGUCAGGCACAGAAAUCUCUAUGGGAAGACGAAUAAUGUGACAAUUACAAUUAUGUUUUAGAAUUAUUCCUGUAAAAAGAGUGAUUUUUUUGCCUUUGGAAUCCUUUUUAUUUAUAGUGAGAAAAAAUAUCUUUGCAUUUGACCAAAAAUUCAUAUCAUAAUCAUUAGUUAGUAUCAUGAGUAAUAUCUAAAUUAUAUUUUUUCCAACACUGACUUGUUAAUUUUUCAUCUUUCUACUCUGUCUAUCUGUUUACAUGCGAACACUUUAUGCUUUUCGCUUGUGUAGUGUAAAUUGAAUGUAUCAUUAAUAAAUCAUGGAACUUUCUUCAUCAUGUGUAUCUAUUGGACAUGCUUCUUGUUACUUUUGCAAAUCAUCUAAUUGUAUUUUUAAUAUGUUUCUUUCUUGUUCUAUAUAUGCGUUUAUUGUAAUUUGUUAUUUUCUGGUGUUAAGUAUGCUUUUUUAUUUCACUAGGCUUCGGAUUGUAUUUUUUUCGGUUUAUAUUGAUCUUAGAAACAAAAAAUACGACAGGGCGUUGUC